AUGAACCUCCUCUACCGAAAAACCAAGCUGGAGUGGAGGCAGCACAAGGAGGAGGAGGCCAAGAGGAGCUCCAGUAAGGAGGUGGCUCCUGCAGGCCCCGCAGGGUCCGGGGCCGGCCCGGGGCCUGGGGUCCGGGUGCGGGACAUCGCCUCGCUGCGCCGCUCCCUCAGGAUGGGCUUCAUGACGAUGCCGGCCUCCCAGGAGCACACCCCCCACCCCUGCCGCAGCGCCAUGGCCCCACGCUCACUCUCCUGCCAUUCAGUGGGCAGCAUGGACAGUGUUGGGGGUGGACCUGGGGGGGGAGGCGGGGGUCUCACCGAGGACAGCAGUGCCCGAAGACCCCCUGCCAAGCCCCGGAGACAUCCCAGCACCAAGCUCAGCAUGGCAGGGUCGGGGGUAGAGAUGCCCCCCAGCAAGAAAGCAGGCUCACAGAAGCCAACCCCAGAGGGCCGAGAGUCCAGCCGGAAGGUUCCGCCACAGAAGCCCCGGAGAAGCCCGAACACCCAGCUCUCUGUCUCCUUCGAUGAGUCCUGUCCCCCAGCCCCCACUCCUCGUGGGGGGAAUCUGCCCCUUCAGCGCCUCAGUAGGGGGUCCUGCAUAGCUGGGGACCCUGAGGUGGGUGCCCAGGAAGAGGAGCCCGUGUACAUUGAGAUGGUGGGGGAUGUCUUCAGGGGAGGAGGACGAAGUGGAGGGGGCCUGACUGGGCCCCCUCUUGGGGGUAGGGGCCCAACCCCUCCAGCGGGCGCUGACUCGGACUCAGAGGAGAGCGAGGCCAUAUAUGAGGAGAUGAAGUACCCACUGCCCGAGGAGGCAGGGGAAGGCCGGCCCAACGGGGCCCCCGCAUUGACCGCAAGCUCCUCGCCACACCAGCCUCCCGCCCUGCAGCCCCACGCCCACCGCCGGCCAGCUUCAGCCCUCCCGAGCCGGAGGGAUGGGACACCUACCAAGACCAUUCCUUGUGAAAUCCCCCCGCCCUUCCCCAACCUCCUCCAGCACCGUCCUCCGCUCCUGGCCUUCCCCCAAGCCAAGGCUGCUUCCCGAACCCCUGGCGAUGGGGUCUCGAGGCUACCAGUCCUCUGCCACUCGAAGGAGCCAACGGGCUCCACCCCAGCUCCCCAAGUGCCUGCCCGGGAGCGGGAGACGCCUCCCCCACCGCCUCCGCCUCCUGCUGCCAACCUGCUGCUGCUGGGACCCUCGGGCCGGGCCCGGAGCCACUCAACACCGUUGCCACCCCAGGGCUCUGGCCAGCCCCGGGGGGAGCGGGAGCUCCCCAACUCCCACAGCAUGAUCUGCCCCAAGGCGGCAGGGGUGCCGGCAGCCCCUCCUGCCCCGGCCGCCUUGCUCCCUGGCCCCCCCAAGGACAAGGCUGUGUCUUACACCAUGGUGUACUCAGCAGUCAAGGUGACCACGCACUCCGUCCUGCCAGCUGGUCCACCCCUAGGUGUUGGGGAACCAAAGACGGAGAAGGAGAUCUCGGUCCUCCAUGGAAUGCUGUGCACCAGCUCGAGGCCCCCAGUGCCUGGGAAGUCCAGCCCCCACAGCGGGGCCAUGGGCGCGGCAGCUGGGGUCCUCCACCAUCGGGGCUGCCUGGCCUCCCCACACAGCCUUCCGGACCCGACUGCGGGCCCCCUGACUCCCCUAUGGACCUACCCAGCUGCAGCAGCUGGGCUCAAGAGACCCCCUGCCUAUGAGAGCCUCAAGGCCGGGGGGUUGCUGAAUAAGGGCUGUGGAAUGGGGGCCCCAUCCCCCAUGGUCAAGAUCCAGCUGCAGGAGCAAGGGACCGACGGGGGUGCCUUUGCCAGCAUCUCCUGCGCCCAUGUCAUCGCCAGUGCAGGGACACCAGAGGAGGAGGAAGAGGAGAUGGGCGCCACGACAUUUGGGGCAGGCUGGGCUCUGCAGAGGAAGGUCCUGUAUGGAGGGAGAAAAGCAAAAGAGCUGGACAAGGUCGAGGAUGGUGGCCGGGCCUGGAAUGGCAGUGCCGAGGGUCCAGGCAAGGUGGAGCGUGAGGAGCGGGGCCCCAUGGCAUCAGGGAUCCCAGUGAGGAGUCAGGGGGCAGAGGGCCUGCUGGCCAGGAUCCACCACGGAGGGGACCGAGGAGGGAGUCGCACAGCGCUGCCUGUACCCUGCCAGACGUUUCCUGCUUGCCACCGCAAUGGAGACUUCACAGGAGGCUACCGCCUGGGACGCUCGGCCUCCACAUCUGGAGUCCGGCAGGCCGCGCUCCACACGCCCCGACCCUGCAGCCAGCCUAGGGAUACCCCAAGCCAGACCCAGCCCGCGCUGCCGCUGCCGCUGCCCCUGCCGCCUCAGCCCGCCCGCGAGCGCGACGGCAAGCUGCUGGAGGUGAUCGAGCGCAAGCGCUGCGUGUGCAAGGAGAUCAAGGCCCGCCACCGCCCCGACCGAGGUCUCUGCAAGCAGGAGAGCAUGCCCAUCCUCCCCAGCUGGCGGCGGGGGCCCGAGCCCCGCAAGUCCGGCACCCCGCCCUGCCGCCGGCAGCACACCGUCCUCUGGGACACUGCCAUCUGA